AUGGGUGUCUUGAGCUGCAUGAAGUACCUGAUGUUCAUCUUCAACGUGCUGGUGUUUGCUGGGGGGACAUGCCUGGCGGGCGUGGGAGUCUGGGUGGCCGUGGACCCGGCUGGUUUCCAGGACAUCGUGGCUACCAAGGCGGUGUUGAGCGCGGGUGCCUACCUGCUGCUGGCCGUGGGCAUUGCCCUCUCGCUGCUGGGCUUCCUGGGGUGCUGCGGGGCCCUGCGCCGGAGCCGGCCACUGCUGCUGGUGUUCUUCAUCCUGGUGAGCCUUGUCUUCAUCACGCAGCUCGUCGGGGCUAUUCUCUUCCUGGUGCACUGGAAACAGAUGGCACCAAUCCUGCAGAUCCAGCCCGAGCUCUUCCUCUCCGAGCUGAGGAGGAACUACCGCGGGGACGAGAGCACUGAGGUCUUCUCCACUGCCUGGAACACCCUCAUGGUCACGUUCUCGUGUUGUGGCGUUUUAGGACCCGAAGACUUUGGGAAUGGCUCCCGCUUCCAGGAGCUGCACCCGGGGAUGCCCUGGCCGCGGGUGUGCUGUGCCCGGGAUGGGCUCCUGCAGGCGGGCGAGCUGCUGGGCUGGGAGCAGUGCCAGGACAGGAGCCCUGGCUACAUCCACGAGCAGGGCUGCUUCUCCACCUUCGGCAGGACCUUGCAGAAGUACAUCUCCGUCCCUGGGACUUGCAGCUUGGCCGUGCUGGGCAUCGAGAUCUUUGCCAUGUUCUUUGCCUUUUGCCUUUAUUACAACUUCGACUGA